AUGCGAUUAGAUGGCGGAAAGGCAACGAAGAAAUUUGUGGCAAGCUGUAGCGACGAUAGGACUAUCCGCAUUUGGGAUAUAUCCUCCUGUGGCUCAGCACUUGCCAACAGCAACAACCCACCAACGAUUGAAGGAUAUACAACAGGCCGUGGGACCGGGUUCCACAUAAACACAGCCGACGAUGAAGCUAUGGGACAAGAAUCCUGCAUUGCGAAAGAAUGGGGCCAUGAAGCACGCAUAUGGGGGCUGCGAUUCCUCGACUUUGAAAUAUAUGACGAAUUUAUCACCUUCAAUCUUAUUUCCAGAUCCGAGGACUGCACCUGUCAGGUUUGGAAUUUUAAAACGAGGUAUGAACUGAUAGAGGGAGAAUACAUUUUACAGAAAAAUCAAACCACCUUGAAGAGCAUAUCUUCCUAUGCUUACCACGUGGGCAAAAGCAUAUGGUCUAUGGAGGUGGUUAAUGGGAAGGACUCCUUUGGUGUCUACACAGGGGGUGCCGACAGCAAUAUAGUAUCCUUUACUAUCCCACGAAUGACCGGAGAAUAUAAUUCUGGAAGAAGGACAGAGGUUUAUACCCCCGAUGAGAUUUGUGAACAGUCAACCCUCCUAAACCUGGACCAAAGCCUGGAUUCAGCGAACACGAAUAAGAAGCCCAAAAACGACGGCAAAAUAAAUCAGUUUGGCUUCGUUUCGGACGACUGUUUUAUUGCAUCUUUUACCUCAGGGAGCGUCCUUCUCGGCCAUAUUCCUACCGGUACACUCGGCAAGGGGCUAUCAGGAGAUGAGCCACUGUUACAAUGGAGUACAAUUUCCAUGGUCGAAGGAAUUGGCUCGUACGGGGCGAUAUCUGGCAUACCAGACCGAGGUAUUGGACUGAUUGGCACAGGCACAGGUCGAAUCUUGUGGUACAACAACGAAACGAGAAGCAUUACAAACUUGGCGGAUAUAGGCCGAAGCGUAUCCGAUAUUUUCGUCGUCCACUCACCCAAAUACUAUAGCGAUCUUACCACAGAGCCCAUAACAUUCAUCACCAGCUCUAGAGCGCUUUCGUAUGCGAACCUCUUUAUUGUCGAACCUAAACCGUCUCCUAGGGUCAUUGCCAAACAACAGCUUGCCUUACCAGCAGAAUUUGUGGUCUCUAGCGCUCUUUUCAUCCCAUCUGCCUCACUACUGGUUCUUGGUGCAAGAUGGGGGCGAAUAGCAGUCUUUAAUUUUACUUCUGAAAUCCAGGAAACGACAGCUGAAUCUCCUUUAUGCGUGUUUACCGCCCACAAGAAAGACACAGUUACUUCUAUUUCAUACUUGGGAGCGGCGGCCGAUGCCGCUACUCGGUCUGUGGAUAUUAUUACAACUGGGAGAGACGGGGCUUACUGUAUCCAUCGCAUUCAGGAGAAUAAUUCUCAGUUCACAGUUAAAACACUUCACCGAUCAACUCCGCCAAUUGGACCGUAUAUCGAGGGGUCAAGGCUAGAUGCCGAAACGAAGGACCUGAUACUAUGGGGUUUUCGAAAUACAUACUUUGUGUUAUGGAAUGAGACGACUCAAACCGAGAUAUUAUCGAUUGAAUGCGGAGGAGCCCACAGAAGAUGGGUGUACCAUGGCAGCAGUAUGCACCAUGUCCUCCUAUGGAUUAAAGCGUCGACAUUCAACAUAAUGUCGGAAACCUUCCAGUGUCAUGGCCGUGUACGACAAGGUGGACAUGGAAGGGAGAUCAAAACCACGUCAAUAUCUAAAUUAGGCAUAGAUGGUGCAGAGGAAAAGCUAACUAUACUUGCAACCGGUGCCGAGGAUACAGAAAUUCGUUUCUUCGCGAUUGAUGGACAGGAAAGGGGGACGGAUAGUGGCUUCCGCUGUGUGCGAGCAAUCAAGAAACAUAGUGCAGGUCUACAGCAUCUCCAGUGGUCUACGUGCGGCAAUUUCUUAUUCAGCAGUGCCGGUAGGGAGGAGUUCUACGUAUGGAGAAUCAGAUGGAUACCUGGUUUUGGCGUCUGUGUUUUGAAUGAAGGUGAAGCUCCAACAGGGCGGGUGAAUUCUGAUCUACGAACGACCCAUUUCGACCUCGUCAGCGUCGCGACCGAUGAUACCGGCUGUGAAUCGUUCUUAAUUGCCAUGGCAUACUCUAACUCUACCACCAAGGUAUUCUACUACGUGUCGUCCCCCGAGGGUGGGGUGUUUACACUCCUUGCACAGGGAUCAUAUACAAGCAACUGCAUAACACAAAUCCGGCUGGUGAUGUCGGAUCAUGAGUUGCGGCUUGUCACAGGCUCGACGGAUGGACACAUUGCAGUUUGGGAUUUAGCAGCACCGAUCAAGCCAUAUUUCAAUUUUAGAGGUAGAUCUAUGAAGCGCAAGGAUGGCGUACCGCUACCUGCCGAGCCGUCGUCGAUCAAAUGGGAGGAUCGUAGACCCACCCACCAGAGCAGCAUUAAAGCGAUGGAGAUACUCCCAUUAUCUGACGCACAAGUCCUGCUAAUCACUGGCGGAGACGACAACUGCCUCGCUUUUUCGACGCUCAAAUUUUCGAUGUUGGAAUCUAGUGCGAGUCUUGUCGACGACUUCUCGACGACCCCCUAUCCGAAUGCACAUGCUUCGGCAAUCAACGCCAUUACCCUGGUGCGUCGUGCUGAUGGAGGUAGUGGUGGGCGUGACUCUGACAGGGUGGUGGAAUUCCUUGUCGCUUCAAGCGGGAAUGACCAAAGGAUCAAACUAUGGUCUGCAUCGGCUAGUGUAGACGGGGGCCCUCAUGUAUCUCUGCAGAGCGACAUGUACACCGCUGUGGCCGAUCUGUCCGCCAUAGAUCAAUUCGCGGUGCAAGUCAACGGGGUGACUAGGGAACACCUUGUUGUCUGUGGUGUUGGAAUGGAAAUGUGGAAAGUCAAUGAUGAUGCUAAGCAAACAUGCACGAUGGAGAAAGUUGAAGCCCGGGAGUAUCUGGAGAACUUGGUGGAUAAGGUCCUCCGUGUCCAUACCUCGGACUCGCGAGCGUUCGUAGGUUUGUUCAAAUGCACCGAUAACGUGGGUAACCCGCGCUUCCUCAGCAGCACGCAUGAGUAUCGCUGCCCAACCGAGCCAGCUAUACAGAGCGUCUCUUCAGAGGAGGCCAGUAGCCCGAAACCGGCCAGCAGCGAGCCGUUCGAUAUCACGGCGGACAUGUCAAGCAGGUUCAUCGGGCUGGUCGUCAUCCCCGGCCAGCACAUUACAAAGAUCGAGCUCGACAAAUCUACAGCAACGGCGCGAGAUGACCUCCGACAGCGGAGAGAGGGGAAAUCACACGGGUGCGUUCAGUUAAGCGAAUCGGACGGGGGUGCUGUGCGCCUUGAGGCGCUGGACGUUGUGGGAAAGGGGAAAAACAUGGGAGGACCCGAUCAGCAGGAACCACGUUCCGCACAGCUGUCGGGCUGGAUCAUAAGACGCAUCCUGUAUAGCUACUACGCACAGCCUAAGCUGCAUCUGUGUGCGUUCUGCGCCGAGCGCUCGGGAGGUGUUUUCGCUCAGGUCACACCAGCGGGCUGCCACGAUAUCGACCCGCAUCUUAGUGGCGAAUAUGUAUCUUUCGAAGUCGGUGCAUAG